GUAACAGUUAACUCCACUACAAUGAGAGGUGAGGGGUGAGGGAAUGAGAGUGCAGGAGGAGGCACCAAACAGUUACCAUAGCGACCAUACCACGCGUACUGGCCUGCCUCUUCAGCCGCGGCGGUUCCUCAUCAAGACAUCUGUAAUACUACCACCACCGCCAUGGUAACACACUCAUGUCUCCUCUCUGUCAAGGGGCAGCAGUGGCUGGCCUCCCAAGAAGAAAGGAGAGAAGGGGAAGGGGAAGAGGGGGUCCAAGAAGACAGGAAGUGGGCGAGCACAGACCCUGAUUGAUGGUGUGCCCAUCAACACCAUGACCAAGGAGCAGCUAGAGGGACAUGUGGUCAGACUUAGAAAUGAACUAGAACGAGAGAGGGAGGAGCGUAACUAUGUUCAGAGUGAGCUUGAGCGAGUCCAGAGACUGUGGGAGGUGGCAGCUGAGAACCUGGACAAUGUUCGUAAGGAACUCAGGCACAAGGAUGUGGAGAUUGGAGAAGCUGAGGAGAAGCACCAGCAGGAAAUUGGAGUGUACCAGCAAAAGAUGAAACACCUCAUGUACACUCAGGAGAACACCCUUGCCCAGUUGCAGAUUGACAGUGAGGAAGCACUAUUGAAUCUGCACCAGGACUGUCUGAAUGAGGAGAAUCUUGUAAUUCAAGAGAAGGAGGACUUGAGGAAACAGCUCCAAGACACUGAGAGCAACUACCUGGCCAUCAUAGCCAAUAUGAAAGUUGGCCACAGCAAGGCUCUGGACACCCUGCGGCAGGAGUUUGAGGCAGAGGCAGUGGAGAUGGAGGCCAAGUAUGUUAAGAAGAUCAAAGAUCUCCAGAACCAACUUGAUCUCAAACGUAAAACAGAGCUGAUAGCUCAGGAGGAGAAAAAGAACAACUUUUUGGCCACAAUCAUUUCUAAUCAUGAGAAAACUUUUGAUGAGAUGAAGAAAUAUUACACAGAUAUCACAGCAACUAAUCUAAAGCUCAUUACAGAGCUGAAGGCAGAGCUUGCUGAGCAAAAGGAACGAGAACACAAGCUGGAACAAGAGAUGGGUGCUGCCAUGUCUGGCCGUUCCCGCCUGGAAGACCAGGUUGCCAAUCUGCGUAAGAAGCUUGCAGACACCCAGCGGUCCAUGCAGCGCUCCCAGAGAGACAAAGAAAGCUAUCUUACAAGUCAGGCACAAGUUAAAGUUCUAACCAGUGAAAAAGAAGCCUUGCAGUGGGAGUUGGAGGUCCUAAAGCAGAAGGCAGAGGCGAUAGAACGUGAGCGGAAGGAGCUGUAUGACCAUUUCGUGGCAGUGGUGGGAGAGGUGCAGCAACGCAGUGAGCUCAGGAACAUUGUUCUGGAGAAGAAACUGAAUCAGGUAUCAGAUAAUUUAGAAAAGAAAGAGGCUGUCUUGUCAGAGGUGUUAUCAGCAGCCAACCUUGAUCCUGUCUCCUUCAAUCAAGUCAGCCACCAGCUGGAGAGAAUAAUUGAUGAAAAGAAUCAGUUAGUUGGAGGCCUAAGGGAAGAGGUAGCAACACUGAGACGGAUGUAUACGGAGCUGAUGGAUAAGCACCAAGCGGCCCUCAGGAUGGCCAGGAAGCCAAAGGCAACCACCAAACUUCCUAACAUACCACUGUAAAGUACAAAAAAAAUGUACUUCUAUGACAGUAGUCACAAGUGUGUGGGGUGAUCAAUUCUUACUAUGCAAGAACAAAAAGAAUUAACCAAGUGCAUGAUUGUGUAUCUCAGUUACUUGGAAAGUUCCAAUGAAUGUAUCAGCACACAUUACAAGUGUGUAAUAAACGCAGCAUCUUUCCUUCAAGGAUUCAUCUUUUGACAUUAAUCACCUACAGCAGCCUUUUUCAGCAACUAUAAUUUUCAGAAAAUGAGAAAUUUCAACAGUUUAAAGCACUCACUGAUAUUUUGUGUGCUUCCAAUAUUGCUGAACGAGAAAAACUAAUUUCCCUUCCAAGUGUUGAUUUCAGGGAACAGUUACAGCCAAGUCCAAAUUUCAUAAUUUACAUUUUUCACGACUAGCCUUCUGUAAACGUGAAGAUGAAAAAACAGAAAAGUGAAGUUCAAACCAUAGAAUUUAAGGAAUAUAUCAUGCCUUCUAAAGAGAUAUCUACAUUCACUUGUACUCACAUACUCAUAUCUUUUUCAAGGUAUCUCAUACAUACAGAGUUACAAUGGUCAGCAUGCUUGACUCAUAACUGAGAGGUUUGUGUUAUGAAUCUCAUGCCUGAUGAAGACUACUUGGGCUGAUCUCCUCUGCUAAAGUAGAAUUACUGAAUGGAAUGAAGUCUUCCAAUAACUCAUGAAAAGGGAAACACAAGUGUACCAGUUUUCACCAUCCCACAAUGGUGACAUGAGCAUUCACUUUUGUGUUUACUUCAACAGUAGGGAGAAAAGAAAAGUUCCAUUGUAAAAAUGCAUCAAACAUUCAUUGCAGUAUAAUGUGGAGGGAGAUCACCGAUAAAUUAACACACUUGAUCUUAAAACAAGAGCAAGUUUUUAAAAUAGUUUCAUAUACACCUAUAUGAAACUGCACAAACAUAUUAUGUAUGUACUCAUAAAUGCUAAUAUUUGAUAAAUUGUAUGAAAAUACUGCUUUUAUUGAAAAGAUCAUUUGUUGAACUCGUACCAUGAGAAUUAUAGGUUGUUACACUAAGGAUUUAAAAAAUGUAUGUAUUUAUAUAAAUAUUCUGUGAAGUAACAUAUUUAUAGCAUUAAAAUAGCUUCUUUGUCUGUGUGGAAAGUCAAGUCAUUGAUAGAAUGAUGCUUUAAUUUUAUGUAUAGAUGAUGUCAGAUAUGUGAAGUACCUAUGAAUACAUCUUUGGAAAUGAAUAUGUGGAAACAAAAUGGUGACACGUGGGUCAUGACUACAUCCUGGUUAUUUACCAAGAUGCUUCAGCAAGACUUAAGUGUGUGUGUGUGUGUGUGUGUGUGUGUGUGUGUGUGUGUGUGUGUGUGUAUUUACAUAGUUGUGGUUUAUGGGAGGGGAGUAAUCUCAUAGAAUCCUGUCUCUGUAUCUAUUUAGUUUGGUCUUAAAAGCAUGGACAGUUUCAACAUUUAUAACGUCUUCACUGAGUUCAUUCCAUUUGUUCACACUUCUGUGAGGAAAACUAUACUUCUUAAUGUCUCUUCUACAGGUGACUUUCUUCAACUUCUUAUUGUGUCCCCUUGUACUGUCUAAAUUUAUAAAACCUUCUUUGUCCACAUUUUCCAUACCAUUUAUCAUUCUAUAGAUGUUUAUUAAAUUUCCUCUCUCUCUCUCUCUCUCUCUCUCUCUCUCUCUCUCUCUCCUAUUUUCAAGGGUAGGAAUUUCCAACAUUCUUAAUCUCUCUUCAUAGGUUGAUUUACUCAACUCCAGAACCAUCUUAGUGACUGUUCUUAGUACUCUUUCUAAUUUUAUAAUAUUCCUCUUUGUAUAAGGAGACCACACCACUGCCGUAUAUUCCAAUCUUGGUCUUAUCAUGAAAAUCAACAACUUUUUUAUCAUUACUUUACCAAAUAUAAGAAUGCCAUUCUUACUCUCUUUAAUAAAUUCAUCAUCUCUCCAGUAAUUUUAUCAAUGUGUCUGUCCAGAGUCAAAUUUUUCAGUAACUGUUACUCCCAAACCCACUUCCUCUUUUGACUUCUUUAACUUCACAACUUCCAUCUCAUAAUGAUAUUGUAUUCUUUUCUUACUCUUACCAAACUCCAUUACUUUACAUUGAGUUUGCCAAGAUUUACUCCAUCUAUUUAUCUUAUUUUAAAUCAUCCUGCAGUACCAUACAGUUAUUUACAUUUUCUACCCUUCUCAUCAGCUUAGCAUCAUCCACAAAUAAGUUCAUAUAACUAUCUAUUUCUUCAUUUAUGUCAUUCACAUAUAUUACAAACAUUAUUGGUCCCAACACUGACCCCUUUGGAACACCACUAGUUACUUUCAGCCAUGAUGAAUUUUGGUCUUGUAUUACAGUUCUCAUCUCUAUCAUCCAGAUAAUUCUCCAUCCACUCCUGUGGUCUUCCUCCAAAUUUUCCAUAAUUUUUUAUCUUCCAUAGCAAUGUUCAGUGUGGUACUUUGUCAAAUGCCUUCUUCAAGCCUAAGUAGACACCAUCCACCCAUCUGUCUCUCUCCUGCACAAUAGUGACUACCCUUGAAUAAAGGGACAAUAAGUUCAUGGAGCAUGAUCUUCCCCUCCUAAAUCCAAAUUGACAAUUUACUAAAACUUUAUCUCUUUCUAAGUGUUACAUCCAUCUUUCCUUUACUGUUCUUUCACAUCAUUUUCCUACAACACUAGUCAAGGACACUGGUCUAUAAUUUAGUGGAUUUUCCUUAUUUCCUCCUUUGUAUAUUGGUGUAAUAUUUGCUCUGUUCCAAUCUUUUGGUACUCUUCCCUGUGAUAGUGAUGUCACUGGGAAUUUUAUCAGCCAGUUGUUCUCUACAUUCCUUCAAUAUUCAGUUUGAUAUUCCAUCUGGACCAGUUUCUUUAUUUACUUCAAGUACUUCCAUCAUCCUAAGUAUUUCUUCAUAACUGACUGGGACUGUACUUAGUAUAUUCCACACUAACUUCCAGCAUCAAACUCCCCUUCCACAGUAAAUACCGAUCUGAAAAUAUUGUUCAUAACCUCCAUCAUGUCCUGUGCAUCAUUAUAGAUUUUCCCUUCAACUUUCAGUCUUGAUACACCUUCCUUCUUUAUCUUCCCAUUAAUAUGUCUAAAGAAUAGUAUGGGUUCAUUUAUACACUUAUCUAUUAUAUCUCUUUCAUAAUGAAAGUUUCUUUUCUCCAUUCUUAUUAUCUCGAUGUACUUGUUUCUAGCACCAAUAUAUUCCUCCCAUCUGCUCUCAGUUUUUCUCUUCUUCCAUCUAUUCCAAGCAUUUGAUUUACGAUUUCUAGUUUCUAUGCAUUUUGUAUUGAACCAUUCUUUACCUUUCUACAUCUUGCUCAUCCUUUAGGUACAAAUUUCUCCACAACAGAAUUAUAUAUCCUUAUAAAGUCAUCCCAUUUUUCCCAAACAUCUGGAUCCUCAGUCUUUCCAGUCCAUGGCAACAAUGUACUUUCUUAAUUUUUCUAAGUCAGCUUUACUGUAAAUCUUCUUACCUUAUAAUUUUCAUCAAUGAUUACAUUUUAAUUUUUCAAAUUAAAUUCCAUCAACACAUGAUCACUUUUAUCUAGAGGGCUAUCAUGGUGCAUAGUUUCAAUAAUUUCCAUGUCCUUGGUAAACACUAAAUCAAGUCAUGAUGGUUUAUUUCUUCCAUUAAAUCUGGUAUCACAAUCAACCCAUUGAGUCAUCAAGUUUUCCACUGUCCAGUUCAAUAAUCUAUUAUUCCAUAAGCUCUCACUUCCAGUAGUUGUCAAUGUCUCCCAAUUUAUCUCUUUACAAUUAAGAUCAACAAUAACUAUAUCACUACUUUCCAUCACGAUCUUUUCAAGACCUUUUAGCUCAUCUACCAACAUCUCUUCAUGCUCUUCUUUUCACCAAGCAUUGGUCAUAGGUGGCACAUACACUCCUACAUAAUUCAUUAUCUUUCCAUUUCCACUUUUAAUCAUCACUUGUAGAAUUUCAGACUUGUCUUCAUUUUUUAUUACCUUCUCCACUUUGACACAUUUUUUAGUCAGAAUUGUCACUCCACCUCUUCCCUUGUCACUUUAUUUUUCAUCCAUAAAUCAUAUUUAUCAUCACCAAUAUCAGGAGUUCUCCAUUCAUUUUUCCAUUUUGUCUCACAUAAUACAACAACAUCCAGUGCAGUGUGUGUGUGUGUGUGUGUGUGUGUGUGUGUGUGUGUGUGUGUGUGUGUGUGUGUGUGUGUGUGUGUGUGUGUGUACAAGUUAAGCCAUACAUUUCUGUUAAAGGUUAACAUUGCUUAACAUAGUGAGUCAAAGCAUCAGGCCAUUCAUGUCCUAACUCCCCCCACAGACAGAGACCACUCCUUGCCACACCAAGCCCAAGGAAAGGACGGUGAUGGAAGAGGUGUCAUUAAUUUUAUACUUAAAAAAAUAUUAUGCAGUAUAAACAAUACAAAGAAGUAGGAUAUAAGGUGUUAAUAAAUAUAUAAACAAUAGAAAUGAGAGAGAGAGAGAGAGAGAGAGAGAGAGAGAGAGAGAGAGAGAGAGAGAGAGAGAGAGAGAGAGAGAGAGAGAGAGAGAGAGAGAGAGAGAGAGAGAGAGAGAGAGAGAGAGAGAGAUCUAAAUAU